UACACCACUCUUUUCGUCAAUGUUGAGUCGGUAAACUGGGACCGCAUUAAUAGACGUGACUUCGUGGUAAAAACUUUUACUCUGAAGAAGUCCUUCUGAAUGAGCUUCACAUGUUUGAUCUCUGGAAGCAGUAUUGAUUGGGUGCAGACAAAAUGGGGCAAAACUCAUCGCAACAGUUGCCUCUGAAGGACAGCAAAGAGGUUUCCAGCGUCUGUGAGGUCGUCAGCGAGGCUAUAGUCCAUGCAGCUCAGAAAGUGAAGGAGUAUCUUGGAUUUGAAGAUCCUCUGAGCAAUCUGUGCCCGGCUUCCAACACUCUGAAUGAGAUCUUCUUAAUCCACUUUGUCUCUUUCUGCCAAGACAAGGGAGUGGACGAGUGGCUCACCACCACCAAGAUGACCAAGCACCAAGCUGUACUGUUUGGGGCAGACUGGAUUUGGACCUUCUGGGGAUCCGAGAAACAGAUCAGGCUUCAGCUGGCGGUGCAAACUCUGCAAAUGUCUUCUCUCCCUCCUAUGGAAUCUAAGCCCUGUGACUUCUCACCUCCGGAAUCCAGGGCAGAGGAGCCCUCCAGGAAAAGUAGAUUUGAUAAGCUGGAAGAAUUCUGUAAGUUGAUAGGAGAGGAUUGUCUGGGCCUGUUUAUCAUCUUUGGGGUGCCGGGUAAGCCCAAAGACAUCAGAGGAGUUGCCCUGGACAGUGUCAAAGGUGAGACCGUGCGGGGCCAGCUGCCAGGACGGAAGGCCGUGGCACAGUUUGUCCUGGAAACUGAAGAUUGUGUCUCCAUCAGAGAGCUGCUUGGAAACUGUCUGAGUAAGACAGACGGGCUGAGAGAGGUGGGCAAGGUUUAUAUUAGCAUCCUCUGAACUGGAUGUGCCCAGUGAGACUGGCCUGUAAGGCAAAAAGGAAGAAUAUUUUAUUUUAGUCGGCAAGCUCAUCCACUUGCAUCAUCCCAGUGUGGGAUUUUUUUUUUUCCUAUCCACCCUCCAUUGAGAGAAAAUGAUCACUUGGGUCAAAACAUAUAAUGUCAUGACAACAGGAAAAAACCCAGCCCAUAUUGCAGGGAAAAUUUAUUCAAUAAUAAAAAUGGGAGGAGAGGAUAAUAAAGUCAGCCUUGAAGUUUGAUUUGCUAAAAAAAAAAAAAAAUGCGUCUUUGUUUAAUAAGUCUAGAACCCGGAAGUGUAAAAUAUUUUACUGCUGUGGGUGGACGGCAGGCGGGGUAAGGAGGUACGUGAGACUACAGAACAGGUUUAAUUCCAUUGACAAUGCCAGUUUCAAUUCAACUCAAGCAAAACCUCAUUCCUCCCUCUUCCUCUAAGCUCUGCCCUUGCUCCCACCUCCUCCCCGGCCACUUUCUCUGUGCACAGAGACUCUUGGUAGGAUUCACUUUGGGACUUGCUGGAGUGUCUGCUUCCCCUAUGCUUUAAACACAGUGGCCCCUAUAGCAAACCCUUGUAAUGAUGAUUAACAUUUGUUUAGCAAUUGCAGUAAGUAAAAGGUAUUCACUUAUAAAAACCAUCUUUGCUUAAAAGCCUGGCUGGAAUUAUAAUAGUGCUAUAAGGGAGGAAAACUAAUAGAAGCAAAAAGUGCUUACGAAUGUAAAUGAAAGAUUCAUUCACAUGAUUGGUAAAGGCUUAUUUUGUUAGGCCCUGUCCUGCACCCUCCCAAUCCAGCAGUAAAAAGAACAAAGUCCCUACUCUUGGCCAGUUUCUCUUUUAAUGGUGGAAGAUUGACAAUAAACAAAUAUAUGAAUAUAUAUUUAAAAUGCAUCUUAAAAAAUAUGUCAGGUGUUAUGUGAAAAUAAAGCACGGAUGAAGGGAUAGAGGGUGAAGGAGGUGCUACUUUAUUUGGGGUGGGUAAAGAAGACCUCUGAGAAUCAGGGUAUAAUUGACCAGAGAUCUGAAUGAAAAGGGAGAGCAUUAGUACAGAUAAAUCUGGGAAAGAAUGAUCUAGGCUUAGAGAGCUACAAAGACAAAAAGGGGCCUGAAAUGAUGUGUGUGAAGUAUAGCAGAGGAGGCUGGUGUGAACGGAGUUGAGUGAGCCACGCGGAGAGUGAUAGGAGCCGAGAUCAUAGAAGUAGCCAGCAAAUAAAAUAAGCAGAUCAUACUUGUGAGGACUCGAUUUUAUUGUGAGUGAUAAAGGGACUGAUAUGCCUUGAUCAGACUUAGAGUUAACCUCACUUGAAUGGUGGGUGGCCACUAGGUUGUAGGGAGGAAGGAGUGAAAUCAGAGCCCAUGGGAGCAGCUGGGAAGCUAUUAUAAGAGAGAAAAGGGUGGCCUGGAUCAAAGUGGUACAGGAGGAGGGGUGAACAGGUCAGAUCUAGGAAGAGUUGAAGGUAAAGCAAACGGCACUUGCUGAUGAUUAGAUGAAGGGUAGGAGAUAUAUCACAGAAUGCUGUAUUUCCGAACGUCUUUUAUUAAGGAUGCAAGGGAAGAAAUAAAGGCACACACUUUGAAUGUGCCUGGAAGGUACCCAAACACCCAAUUAAUGUUUCCUUGGCCAAUAGGGACCCCUAUCUGUAGCAAUGCUGUGUAGAGGAAGCUAUCAAGAAGGUGGUUAGUAAAAAUAACAUUCAGCUUAAAAUCAGAUGUGGGUUUGGGUUGAAUUAUCUUUUUUUUUUUUUUAGAUUUUAUUUAUUUAUUUAUUUGAGAGAGAGAAUGAGAGAGA